GGGCCAAGAGCGGCGGCGGCAGUGGCGGCAACGGCUGCGGCGGCGGCGACAGCGGCGACGGCUGCGGCAGCGACAGCGGCGGCGGCGGCGACGGCUGCGGCGGUGACGACAGCGGCGACGGCUGCGGCAGCGACGGCGACGGCGGCGGCAGCGGGGUCGGCGACUGCGACAGUGGGGGCGGAGGCACCGGGGAAGGGGGACGCGGCAAGGACGGACCGGGGGUACCACCAGACUGUAGAGACUUUCAGACUUUGAGUAGUGCAGCGGAAGUUUGAGACAGUUGAACCCUUGUACUAGUAUGUGAGAACAAAUGAUUAAUUAAAGA